GGCUGAUAGUGCUGAUAAGAAUUUCAUCUCUCCAGCUGUGUAUAUAAAGCUGCAGCUGCUGCCUCUCAGCCUGCAGAACCACUGCUUCACUGCAUCACAGCCAUGGCUUUCUGCAGACUUCUCGCUGUGCUGGUGCUCAUCUACAACACUGAAGGUUUGCUUGGGGCUGAGGUGGGGAGCUCCAUCAUCGGUGGGGAUGAUGCCAAAGAAAGCAGCUGGCCGUGGAUGGUCCACCUAAACAUGACUUCUGAUGGCAUCAAUAGGUGGCGCUGCGGCGGCACCAUCCUCAACAGUCAAUGGGUGAUGACUGCUGCAAACUGCUUGGAUGAACACCUUAAGCCUGAUUUUCAUCGAUCAAUGGUUUGGAUCGGCGUACACAAGCUGCAAAAGGCUGCUGUUAAGUAUGUGGGUAUACUUAAUUACGUAAAACAUCCUGACUACCAAGCCCUGUCCAGAGGCUAUAAGAACAACAUCGCCCUGAUAAAGCUGAAGAAAAAGAUUACAUUCUCAAAUAAAGUUACCGCAGUGAGUCUUCCCACCGUCGACGACACCUUCGGUUCUUUUUCUGAGUGUUGGAUCACUGGCUGGGGGACCAUUGGGAAUGAGGUUCCACUGCCGGAUCCGGAAACCCUUCAGGAGCUGAAGAUUCCCCUUGUCCCUGAUAGUGUAUGUAAGGAACAGUAUCCUGAGGUGAACUCUGACAUGCUGUGUGCUGGAGACAUGGCUGGAGGGAGGGAUGCCUGCAAAGGGGAUUACGGCGGCCCGCUGGUGUGUCGUGCACGCGGUGGCUUCAAGCAGGUUGGCAUCAUGAGUUAUGGCAGUCCUGACGGUUGUGCUCUCCCAGGCCGUCCUGGCGUCUACACCAGAGUGUCCAAGUACCUGGAUUUCAUCAAGUACUACAUCCAGCAGUCCGAGGAAGCCUCCGCUGAGGUCUAAACUUCCUGUCCAGUCAGCUCACCUGACAGCUCACCUUACUCUUUAUGGCUUCUUCUUGAACUGUAGUGCAUGUUUCCUUUAUGCUGGUUGACAUGUACUUUCUCAACUAAAUUCUUUGCAUUAAAGCUUUGAAGCAUCAA